AGCUAACGUUAGCUGCCUAGCCAACAUUAGCCAGAUGUUAGCUGCUUACGUUAGCUACAACAAAUUGAAAUUUGUAACAAAAUACGUUAGGCAAAUUUGUAAAAUAUUGUGUGAAUGCCAUUUAUAACAUAUUGUACUAAUUACAAUUCGGGACAUAUCAUUCUAAUUUUAAUUCGGAAAAUGUACCAAAUUGUGACUGAUUUACGUACACAAUAAUACGAAAUUCUCUGAGACCAGGUUGCAGCAUCUCCUCUAUCUCUCCCACGAGGCAGUUAACGAUUGAUCGUUACCCGUAUAGAACAUUCUCAGUCACUCAAAACAGCAAUACUUGGCAAUUUAACAUACAUAAAAACUACUAUUCAACAAUGUGGCGGACGCAUGCCCAAACCAUUUUUAUAAUAAUAAUAAUGUCAUUUUUGCCAUUUUGUACCAAUGAAGAAGCCAGUCCAGGUUUUCCAUGGUCUUCCACACCCAAACAAGAUGUCGAAAGGCAGGAUCAAUCGAUUCAAGCGCCAUCUGCGACAUUCUUAUAUUCUGCGAAGAAACGACCAGUUCUGGUUCGAAGUCACUGCGACAAUCGCCUGGCCUUGUACAUGGGGAAGUGGAUCCUCAUUACCAGGGCAUUAUUUGAAGAAUCAGCCACUCCACUCGAAUAUAAAGGGGCUGGUAAGCUUCAGGGGUCGGUGAGUUCAGCAGCUUUUGUGUUGGACAACCUUGCAAUUGUGAUCGACGGAAAGUUGUACUUAUACUCUCUAACUAAAGGGACAUGGACUCCUGCUCAAGGAGUGAAAUCCAUGGUGUCUACUGUAUCUGCACUACAGUGCUGCUUCAGCAAAGACAAGGCCUGCAUGGAUGUGAGCUCUUGUGUUCUGCUGUACAAUCUGGGGAGUGCUCUUGACGACCAACAGGUCUACAUGUCCUCGAAUGGAGGCAAUUCCUUUUUUAACCUCCCUAUGGCCCCCAAGGCAACGGAAUUUAUCAUAGGGGUAUUCAACAUGCCCACUGUGUCAAGCAUCGUGGCUAUGUUAGCAGACAACCAAAGAAAGUUUUCUUUCCGGCACAUUUCCGGAAAUCGUUCGGUACAGACAGACAAUCACCCCAUGCGAGACCCACUGUCCAGCAUCCAUGUGAUCCAGCCAGCAGGCAUGAGAGGCCACCUCAUCAUCUGGUCUCCACACAUGCUGCUCUACUCACCCAACCAUGGCAUUGUGAUUGUGCCAGUGUACAUUAUGGGAGAAGAGAAUGCCACCCUCCCGCCUCCUAAAGUCACCAUUUUACAGGUGGCAACAGACGACAACGGUGCAAUGGCUGUUCUCACCAGCGACGGGGUACUGUAUUAUGGCAGGGCUGGACUGGAGGCAACUACAGUAAGGUUUGCGUCUGUCAUUGACCUGUCCAAGGACAACCUGAUGCUGUUCAGUGACUAUGGGGACCUGAUGAUGAUCCAAGCCCGUGAGGACCUGCUGCUUAUAGGGGUGGACUUUGACCAUAAGGUUAUCAUUGUCCAGCAGGAGCUAACACGUACCACACCACCCGUUCAGUCCUGCCCAGUGGAGCAGUUCCACAGCACGUUUGCAGGGGAGCUCUUCUACAUCGACAUGGGCAGCACCGUCCACCUGUCUGCUGUCUACAUCCCAUCACCUCUUUGCAAAUUCUUCCCCCUGGUGACAGUUACAGAGUCUAAGCUUCUGUCCUUAGAGGAGAAGUGUGUAGAGGACGGCAUUACUACGGAGGGCACCAAGAAAUACCGCCUGGACAUUGAACUGAAGCAGUUGUUCUUUAUGGAGGCAGCAGACGGAACCCUGAAGCCAAGUUCCAGUCUACGUAAAGGCAGCCUCUCCACAGUGGCAGUAGACCUGAUGGGAAGAAACGUGUCCUGCAAAGACUUCAACCCCCUGAAAGCUCACAUUCUCAUUGGAUGCCCUCCUGGAAAGCAUACCCGAGUUCUUAAGGACAUAACCACUUGCACUAAAGGCACGUUCACUCAAGAGCAGCUUCAGGACAACUUCUCUUACGUCAUCCCCAAAGCUGUGUAUGACCCUCAGCACCUGUUCCGGCCUGGCUCUGCCUCCAGUGACCUGCACAUCUCCUACAGCAUCACAGACUACUUCUGCCCCUUACUGGUCUAUCACGACACCCCCUGGAUACCCUCCCUGGAGCUCUGGAACGGUAAUGAGUUUGUGGAGCAGGUGAGCGCUGACUUUGUGAUGUUCGAAGUGAACGGCAUGUAUAACUACCAGUACCUCCAGUCGGUCGAGGAUGCCAAGUGCGUCUCCCAGCCCCAGAACUGGACCUCUCUGCUGAGCCAGCAGAAAUAUCAACCUAACCCAAACACUGCCUGGACCAGGAAUAAUUAUAAGAGCUGCAAGGAUUCUGAUGGUCCGCCCCUCACUGACCCAGAAGCCCAGUAUCAGGUCCUCAAUAUGGGCACAAGAAACAGAGUCUUGUUUCCCAACUACAACGGGAUGUACGUGUUCAGAGUCAUAGUGGUGGAUCCUAGCUACAGCUACUGCAUGCUGACCACUACGUUCAGUGUGUAUGUGUAUGGGGCGUUCCCUCCUCACCCUCUGCCCUCUUGUGUGGCACUGGGCAUCUUCCUGGCCAUCUUUGUGGUCCUGCUGCUCAUCGGCUUUUUCUUAAGCAAGCGGAAUUACAAAAAAUAGGAUGGACACACAAACACAUACAUACACACACACACACACUCACAAUACAUCCCAAAACAGGAAAUGCAUGGGUUGACAGUGCGAUCCUGGUUCUAUGAAAUCACAAGGUUGAACACCUGUCUCUGUUUAGAUGUUUGUUGUCAGGCACCAGGGUCCCACUCAAAAGUCUUGUUGUCAUUGUUCAUGGAUGAACACCUCUGUGUGUUGACACUUAGGGAAAACACACGCAUGUCCUCUGUGCAGAGUGAAAUGAAUGUGAUGAGCUGUUCAGGAUGUUCUCUGCCAGUCACUGAUCCCUGUCUUGCCUUUUGUCAUGUUUUUAAUUGAUUUUCUUUAUUUUGAUAUAUUCCUUGUUUUGUUUGAUGAAAAUGCAACGUUUUGAGAAAUAAAGAAAAAUGUUUUUAGUCAUUAUUUCA